CUCAUCUCCCAAACUAAGCAUAAAUUCCCUUCCUCUCCUCUAGCAGUUGGCAAAACAUGUCUUGAGAGAGUCAAACAAAUACUCCCAUUUCCUGCACCCACAUCAAACAAAAACCUCCAACUCCACUCCACCGUCCACUUUUGCCACCUUAAAAGCCUUAAACCAAUUUCCAUUUCCCCCAAGCAAAAUUCCCCCAUCAAACCAGCCAACUACCCAAUUCCCGUCCCACCACCACCACCACAGCCGCCCUCCACCACCACCUCCACCAGACUCCAAAAUCCCAUCAUCUCCUCGCCCCCCCAAAAAACCCCCAAGAAAACCCAGAGAAGAAACCCAAAAGAGGAUGGAAUCUUCCCCACUCAAUCGGUUGCCUCAAGACACCCUCCACCAGAUCUUUUCUUCCCUGCCACUCCGCCAGAUGAUCAUCUGCAGAGCAGUUUGUAAGUCCCUGUAUACCGCUCUUUCUUCUCCAUCAUUCUUGCACUUGAUUUCCAGUUCCCAAUCCCAUGUGCUUUCCCUAAUUGCCCUCCGCCCUUCCCACCGAUCCCACUCGCAUUCCCACCUGUCUUCCCAUCCUGCUCUCCACGUGUUCGACCCUUUGUCUGACAGAUGGUUCAGAUUUCCCCUCAACUUCCUUCCCUUUCCCUCCCUCCUCCCCAUCACCUCCUCUCGUGGCCUGCUCUAUCUCUGGGCUUCGUCCUCUAGUUCUUCCCCCAAUCCCGGCCCGAUCAGUAAUAAAAUGCUGAUUGUUUGCAACCCUUUGACGAGGCAAUUCAAGGCCUUACCUCAGCUGGGCUCGGCUUGGUCGCGCCACGGCUCCGUUCUAAUCGGAGCUGGCCCCAGCCAAGUUCUGGUUCUUACCGAGCUAGCUACUUUAUACUCGACUGCCAAUUCUUGGCUCAAGUAUUCGUCUAAUCUACCUUCCAAGCCGCGAAGCCCUGUUUUGAUUGAGAAUUUUAUACUUGCCCUUUGUGAUGUGGGAUCGCCAUGGCGAUCUCAGUGGAAGUUGUUUAAGUCUAUGGUGAUUAACAGAGGGGAUCAGUUGGUCCAGAAAUGGACUCGGCUCGAGAAGCACGAGUGGGGCGAUGUGUUUGAUAUAAUAAAGCGGCCUAGAUUGUUAGUGGGAGGGAAGAAUAAGGUUCUCAUGAUUGGUGGAUUGAAGAGUUCUUACUCGCUGCAUAGCGCGUGUUCGACAAUUUUGAUCCUGAGGUUGGAUUUGGAGAGUCUAGAGUGGGACGAGGCUGGGCGAAUGCCAUCAGAAAUGUAUAGGCUUUUUCAGGAUUCGAGUAAGUUUAAGGUGUUUGGAGGGGGAAAUCGGGUCUGUUUUUCUGCUAAAAGGGUUGGAAAAUUGGUGGUUUGGGAGUGUUUUGAGGAGAAUGGCUGUGAAAAGACUGAGUGGCGGUGGAUUGAUGGUGUCCCUGGAAAUGGAGAUGGGCUUUGCCGGGGUUUCUUGCUUGAGGCUCAGCUCUCAGCAGUGCCUUAGGGAACGUGGAGGAGUCGGGAAUUGGCAAAUGAUAAUUUUUAUUGGUGUUUGAAUUGCAAUUUGUAUUGGUCAAGGUCUGAAGUAAUUGCAUGAUAAUCAUGCUGGAAACUGAAUGUUUCUAUUGUUGUACCAGUAUCUUUUUUGUUUAUUGAAAUUAAAUUAAUGAGGAUUGGACGCCUUGUAUGUUGUUA